CCGCCGCUCCCUCCCGGAAGUUGCGCUCGCUGCCCGGGUAACGGGCCCCGACGGUGUCGGCAGCCGCUGCGUCGCUAUGGACCGAGAGGAGGCGAAAGAGUUCAGAGAGCGCUGUACUCAGUGCGAUGCGGUGUCUUGGGGUCUGACUGAUGAAGGCAAAUACUAUUGUACUUCCUGCCACAACGUUACAGAAAGAUCUAAGGACGUUUUAAAUAGCGAGGCGAUUCCUAAUACUAAAAUACAAGCUAUCAACCGCGGGCUUAAAAAGAGAAAUAAACUUGAGAAAGGCUGGGACUGGUACGUGUGCGAAGGCUUUCAGCGCGUCCUGUAUCAGCAAGCAGAGGCCUUGAAGGCCCUGGGGGUCGGCCCAGAGUUAAAGAAUCAAGUUCUACAUAAUUUUUGGAAGCGCUACCUGCAGAAGAGCAAGCAGGCGUAUUGCGAAAACCCUGUUCAUGCCAGAAAGAGGAAAGCCGCGGUAAGUCACAGGCAGAGCCUGGGACAGGGACACCCGGGAGACGCAGAGGUCCUGGGCAGUCCGAGUCACUCGGACUGGGAGAGCGAGCCUGCGCUGCUGAGUGACGCCAGCGGCCCUUUUGUUGAAAGUGACGGCCCCCGGAAGCCUUCCCCCCCCAGCAGAGCAUCCCACUCAGAAAUGGCCUCCAUCUGCUCCGGGUCUCUUGAUGGAGUCGAGUACUCUCUGCGCAAGGAGAAGGGGCUCGUGAAGAUGACCAUGCCCGCGACCCUCGCUCUCUGCGGCCUGUCGUUGCUGUGGCAGCGGGAGGCGCUCGCCCUCUCCGACCUCCUGCGAUUUGUUGAAGAGGGCCAUAUUCCUUAUGUAAAUGCUUUUGAGCGUUUUCCAGAAGAGAUGAAAUUGUAUGGGCGUGACAAAGGAAUCUUUGCUAUAGAGUCGUGGCCCAGCUACGAGGAUGUCUACAGGCAGAUGAUUGACGUCGCCACCUUCCUGGACCUGCCUCGCUUCCCGGCCAUCACGGAGGACUGCUACCUCCACCCCAACAUCCUGUGUCGGAAGUACCUGAUGGAAGUCAACCUUCCCGACGAGAUGUCCGAUUUCACCUGCCAGGUGGUCAAGAUGGCUGGCAUCGGGGAGGUGGACUUCCUGACCUUUGACCCCAUAGCCAGGAAGGGAAGGACUGUGAGGUACGACGUGCAGGCGGUGGCCGUCAUUGUGAUAGUGCUGAAGCUGCUCUUCUUGUUGGACGACAACGUAGAAUGGUCUUUGUCUGCUAUUGCUGAGACAUACAACGAAGAGAACAAAGAAGAUAAGCCAUGUUUUGAUUUCAGAAAAUGGUACCAAGUUAUGAAGAAGUCUUUUGAUGAGAAAAAACAAAAAUGGGAGGAAGCCAGGGCAAAGUUCGUGUGGAAAAGCGAGAAGCCACUCUACCACUCGCCCAUCGACAGAUCAGUGGUGUAUAAGCGAAGGGAGAUGGUGGUGAAUCUACAAAAACAGUUUAGCACACUGGUUGACUCAACACCAACUGCUCCCAAAAAAAGCCCUUCAAGUUUUCAGUUCAACUGGACUGAAGAAGGCACCGGAGGAACCUGUUUCCAUGGACACAGCCUCCAGGGCAUCCUGUACAAGAAAGGCCAGUCAGUGACGACCAUGAACUCACUCUACUGGCUCAGUACACAGAAAUUCUGUAAAAGCUACUGUAAACAUGUGACAACCUAUGAAGAAUCCAACUUCUCACUGACUUACCAGUUUAUAAUCAAUCUCUUCUCCUUCCUGCUAAGAAUAAAGACCUACUCCCUCCACGAAGAAGUGAGCUUAAUUGAAAAGAGACUUUUUAAAACAAAAUACAGUGCAGCAAAAACGAAAUCUUCAAGAUCCAGGAAAGUGAGAAAAUGAGAAAAAUAAAAUAGAAACUUCCUAGGGAAAAUAUUUUAAUAGUGACAAUAAUGUCAGAUUGUAAUGUAACAUUCCAGAGAAGUGUGGAAAAUAGAAUUUUUUUGGCCUAUAUAUCCAUACAUAGAUAUGCAUACCUAUAGUACAUCUAUGUGUCGAUUGUGCUUAUGAAGUGUAUAUAAAUGAGCUUUGAGUUUAUUUUUUUAAUUAAAAAUAUUUUUUAAAUUAAAAAGCAAUGUUACAUAAAUGGUAUCCAGAUAUUUCUACUCAUUGUAUUUGAGAGCUAAAUUUGCUUUUUAAGCUAGAUCUUCCUUACUCUCUAUGUCCCAAAGGAAAUCCCAGGUGGAUCAAAGGUCACAACAUUCUUAUCCUUUAUAAGUAUUAGGAGAAAACAAGUCCGAAGGCUUUGGUGAUCUUGGGACAGUGAAGGACUUUCUAAGCCUGAAAACCAGAGGCAGAAGGCAAGAUUGAUCAUGUGACUACAGUCAAAGGCAAGUGGGAAACUGGGAAGAGAAAUUGGUAGCGUUUGAAGGAAUGAUUUCCUGAAUGGAUCAAUAAUCCUUUUAAAGCACUAGCUGUGUGACAGGCUGAGCAGGAGAUAUGAAAAGAUCGCCUUUUGAAAAAAGGUAACACAAAGCCCGAGACAGAGACCGUGACUGGAAGCCCAGCCUCACACCUGCUCCAGAGACACGCUACCUGACGGCCAUGUCCUUUCAGGGCGGCUCAGACGCACUCGCCACUAGACUUGCGAUCUUUGCUGACUUGGGUGGAAUCUCUCUUAUGAAUGAAUCUCAUUUAUCUUUUUA